AUGGCUGAAAAAGAUGAUGCUGAAAAAGUGGUAAGGAAAAAUGGGGACCCGAUCUUACCGGCUGACUUAGAAAAGGUUGAGAAGCUGCGCGGCUGUGCGAGCUUUAUUAGGAAUGUGGUCAAGACCUAUGGACGCCAGCUGACCGCGGAAAAGUACCGUAAGCUGAGCUUGCUCAUAGAUCUGCUGGAAAUCAAAAUACCCCCUGAGGACUUCUAUCGGCGUUAUCCGCUGGCCAAAAUUGAGAGCGUCAUUGAUAAGCUAAAAGCCAACUUUAAAGCGCUGCUCAAUGAAGAGGUAAUUGUCAUCGACGAUCACUCCGAUCCUCCGGGUGACAAGCAACCGGAAGCAUCGAAACCAGCUGGAGAAACUGCAGCCAAGUCGAAAACUGCUAAUCCUGCGGCCAAGUCGAAAACAGCUAAUCCUGCAGCCAAGUCGACUAGUCACCCAACGCCCAAACCCACGACCGUGCCCAAACCAAGUCCAGUUGUGGCAGCCAAGAGCUCAAUAGAUGUAGAGCGUCGGUAUAAUCCAUCGCCACCCAGUUCACCGGAGCCAGCGUGCCCACCGCCGCCACCUGUAGUUGUGCCCGCGCCAGUGCCUCCGUCAACGCUUGCAGCAUCCACAUCGCCCAAAGCGGACUUCGAGCGCCGCCCACAGCCAGCGAGCGCAACGGUAGAUCUAACCUCACCUAUUGGCAGCAGGCGGCCAGAUUUUGUGCGACGCAGCAAUCCGCCAGCGACAACUUCACCAACGUCUCCCAUUUCAAGCAUUAGUCCACGAUUGCUAAGCUCGCCCAGGGCGGUAUUUGAGCGACGUAGCAAUCCGUCGCCGCCGACUAUCGUGGAACCGAGCCAUGUGGAUAAGUCCCUGGAAGAGGCACGCAAAAAGCUGGCUGCCCUACGUGGGGAGCGAGACAUCAAUGUCAAUCUGAUGGGGAAUGCGAAUGCGAAUGCGAAUGGUAAUGCGAAUGCAAAUGCGAAUUUAAGUGCUCCGCAAUUGGCGUCCAACUCCAAUGAUCCACGCGGACGCAAGGCCAGCUAUGUGAUGAAUCUGGGCAAUAGACAUACUGUUUCCAAAUCACCCACUCCGCCCGGCCCUGUCAAUUGGCCGCAGACUGAUCUCAACUAUACAGCGCUCAAUAUGCCACGCAAAACCAAUGCCAAUUUGGUAUAUCCCGGGACCUACAACAAUCGGUGCCCACGUUUUCCGUCAACGUCAACUCAGGCGAACAAAAGCGAACCGCGCACCUAUCGGGAGCAUCGAGAGGCCAAGGCGAAGGCUGCUCGAUUACAGGCAGAGAAGCUCCGUCGUCUGGAAGAGGCUGAGAAGCCAUUGGAACCGGACACUCCGCCAACGAGUAUCGAAAAUGAUCGCGUCCAACUGGAUACAUCGUAUCGUAAUUUGGGCAGCACUACCAAAAAGAAGAUUGAUUUUAAAAUACCUAAGAAAGUGAGUACGAAUAAAUCAAGUGAAACGACAGGAGAGAAAACAGAUGAGAAGGCUGAUAGAACAGAUAAGUAUGCGAACAUUUGUGAUUCUGAAAAGAACUGGAAUGAUGGGGUGGAUGCCGUGCAGGUGUCAAGUGAUAGUGGUUCAUUGGGUACGAAGCAAAAGUCAAAGAAGUCUGAUAAGCCGGAUAAGUCGGAGAAUCAGAAAAAAUCGAUUAAGACUACCCAAGAUAAGACAGAUAAAAGUGAUAAAAGUGAACAUUCUGAGACAGCAGCUAAUUCAAAUCACAGUAGGAAACACGAUAGUACGGAUAGAUCAGCAAAUUCUAAGAAAAGUGAGAGACUUGAUAAAAAGGAUACGGAUAAGAAAACUUCAAACCAAACGUAUAAAGAGGAUAAAAAAUCUCACAAAAGUCAUCAUUCUAAACGCGACAAAUCAAAAAUUCGCGAUGAUAAAGACUCAAGGGAUAAGGAUAAGCGUACGAGCAAGUAUUGUAGUACAGAUAAGGAUAAGCGUACGAGCAAGUAUUGUAGUACAGAUACGGAUAAGCAGAAAGACAAAGAAGAGAACCAACCGGAGGCAACGGAUAAUACGGAUAAUUUGGAGAAUGAGCCGCCAGCUCAAGAGGCAACAGAUAAAGCGGUACGCCACAGUAAAGAACAAAAAGGAGAAGAGAAUGAGGCCGUGGAUAAGAUUGUCGACGUAGAUGGGGAAGAGGAAAAAGAAAAGGAAAAAAAGGAGGUGGAUGCAGAAGAUGUGUUUGUUGAUGUGGAAGAGUUGCCCGAAGAAACGAAACCAAAAAUCGAGGAACUCCAGCAGGCAGUCGAGAACGAUUUGUGUAAAUCACCCCCCAAACUGCCCAAGAUAAAGGUAGUGCUGGGCCCCAAUGCGCAUACCAUAACGGUAAUACCUGGCUGCGAUGGGGACGACGAUACGAUUGAAAUGAUAUCAAAGCCCGAUACCGAGCCAGAGGUAGAUCGCAUCACGAAACGUAGGAAAUCCAUGCUACCGUUAGAGAAUAAAUCGACAGCACCUGACUGCGAUGGUGAUGACGAUGCGGUGGAAAUGAACUCUAGCUCCGAUGCCGAAUCAAAGGUACCGGAGGUAGAUACAUUAGCAACACCCGACUGCGAUGGUAACGACGAUACAGCGGAGAUGAAGUCCGAUGCUGAAUCAAAGGUAGAUCGUGCAAUGAAAUUCAGGGAAUCCAUGAUACCGGUAGUGGAUAAAUCGGUAAAAUAUGGCUUCGAUGGCGAAGACGUUGAGAUGAAAUCGCCGCCCAAUGCGGAAUCAGAAUUAAAGCGUAUUAUGAAACGCAGGAAAUCCAUGAUGCCGGUAGCGAGCAGGCCGUUAGUAGAUAAAUCGAAGCUAUUCACUGAAAGUUUCGUCUACGAGGAUGUGAUGGACCGUCAGCGUCAACAGCUGGGAUCUACGCAUCAAAAGGAUUCCCAAGCAAAACAUCUGGCCAACAUGUUUGAAAAGCCUAUCGAUAACUGCAGCAUAUCUACCCAAAAUAUAGUGUGGGGUAAGCGACGAUCGGGCUUCAAUGAUAGGACUUUAAAUGAGACACAGCUCAGCCGAAACGUGUUCAAAAUGGCAUCAGCUCAGCCUACAAAGUCGAAGGCAAAGCCCAAAGAUAAGGCAAAGGAGCAGCCUGUGGUGGUGUCGAACAAGCGAAAAAGUACCACCAAAAGUACCACCAACACCACCUCCGAUACUUGCAAUACCAGUACGACUUCCGAUACUAGCACUACCAGUACCAACAGCUCCACUGUCAAGCGCAAGCGUGGCCGACCGCCAAAGAAAGCGACUGAAGAGCAUACAGAGCCGAAGUCAGGAGAAGAGGAGGAGCCGGCCGCAAAGGUCGCCUGCAUGGAUACACUGCCGCCUCCAGCAAGCACCCGACGCAAAUCCAAGCGCAACGAGCUGGAGAAACUGAACGACGACAUUGCGCAAAUGUAUUAUGCUGAUGAUGUGAUGCAUGCGACGGGCAAACGUGCCUGUACAACACAACAGAAGGCAAUGGAGGGUAGCUCCUCCAGUGUGUCCAGUCGGCGCAGCAGUUGCAGCCAGAACGGCUCCAGCUUUGCCAGCCAAGUCGAAUUGGCUCCCUACAUACGCAAUGUGGCGCGGCGUGGGCGUCCCUUUGCGGGCAACAGAUCUGGCCUGAAUCGGACCAGCUUUAAGGCCAAACAGCGGCAAGAGCAGAAUACGGCCAAACAGGUGUUGAAGAACUGUAAGGUACGUCUGCCACGCUGCGCCAAGCUGAAUCGUUUGAUAGAACAGAACGCAGUCAGUUCGACUGUCAUCAAGAACACCAAUUCUGAGUGGCAUUCGUUGUCUGCCGCAGCGAGCUACUGUGUCGUUUGUAACCAGACAUUCCGCUCUUCCCUGUCCCAUUAUGUGCAGCAACAUGGCGAGUUCUUUGCGGCCCGUUUUCCGCCCGGAAAUCUGCAGAAGCUUCGCGAUGGGCUGCACACAAAACCGGCCUAUGGAAUUCAAAUUGGCUACCUUCAGUUUGAACACGAAUGUCUCUUCUGCAACAAACAGUUGAAGAACCCGACCAACAGCUGGGCGGAGCAUUACGCUCGGCAUACGGGCGAAUAUCACUAUUCGUGUACGCGCUGUAAAAUGCCGAGUGAGCGUCCGAAUCACAUAGAGCUUCAUGUGGCCAAAUGCGGAAAAGGUGCAAAAGCUAUUCGCGCCAAAGGCUAUAGCCGUUCUCAACCGUUUACGAUCCAUGUGUGCCACCUGUGCGAGUUUGUGCAGAUGAAUCGAGAAAAUCUGGAGAAGCACUGGCAGGAGCAGCACGGCCUCACGGAUCAGUCGUUGGAGGGAUUGGGCGAAAAGCUGUUACUGUACGAGACGACGGGUGUGCAAAUUCACAAGAAGAAGGUCCCAGGUAAAAAUUCCAAAGAGUAUGUGAAAAAGCAAAAGAACAAAAAGAUCGUUAAGAAUCCGACAAUGUCAAAGAAACUGAACAAGCUGAAGUUGAAGCAAACACAGAAAAAGAAACAGAAGCACCAAAAGCUGAAAAAACUAGUCUCGUUGAAAGUGGAGUCGGUACCAGAACCGGAGCCGGAGCCGGAGCCGGAAACGACGACUUCUGAAUGUGAAUAUGUCUUAAACAUGCCGCCGCCUGAGCUGCCCGAGGAGGAUGAACUGGUGGUGAUCAAUGCCUGCAAAUUUGAGGAAGAGGAAGAUCAGCAACAACAGACGGUGCAACAGCAAGAGCAACUAGAAGCGCAGGGAUCGGCCGAACCGAUGGAGCAAGUGGAGCAACAGGAAGAGCAAUUGGAUAAUUUAUCGGUUUCCGGCAUAGGCAGCGAUAACUCUGACAAUGAACAGGAGACCAUCGAACCGGAAGAGCAACAGCAGGAGCAUCCAGAGCAGCCGACCAAUCCACAGGACGAAUGGAUCGAUGUCGACUCCAGCAGCAGCAGUGCAGCGCCCAAGUCCCUGUUCAAAAAUUUCCAAAAAUUCUACAAGAAACUGAGGCCCGCUAGCAAAUCGAGCAGUAAAUCCAACAAAUCUGCUACUAGCAGCUGCACCGAUGGGGACUGUGCUGAUAUGGAUUCUCUGGCAAAGUAUGCAAUAGGAACUACUUCACCACCACCACCACCAGCAGCACAACAGCCAGUAUCACCAGCACCCGUAGCACCACCAGCAGUAGCCCCACCAUUGUCAGAUGAGGCAAACGAGCAAUCAGCCUUGCCCACGGUUUCGGCUGCACUACCGCAGUUCAGUGUGGAGAAUGUGGCGUACCGUUUGCGUGCGACACCGACACAGGAGCCCGCCUACUACUGUAUGCGCAAGGGCUGUAAGUUCCUGUUUUCCGACGAACUGGAGGGUCUAGAGAAUCAUUUCGCACGCGAGCAUCCGCAGGUGCGUUGGAGCGGUUAUUGUGGCAGCUGUGCAGCUCAGGCAACGGAGAAGACCGUGCAGGGGCUUUCUAUCAGUGUUGAACUACAGCAUCUGGUCAGCUGUCAUAUGGCGGUGAAUGCUAAUGCAGAAAAACCGCCAGCUGUGGAACCCGUGGUGCCUAAGCUGCGGAUUCGUCGCUUUACGGGCGAUCGGCUAGUGGCUGACGCGGAAAAUGUGGCGGCAGUGCAGCCGCAGGUAGAGCAGGGGCUGCUAAUUCAGCCAGAAUCCGAGCUAGAGCCCGUUGAGUCGGGAGACAUCAAUGCGGCUCCGAAUGCCAUGAUGCUCGAUUUGUUGGACAAUGAGCCAGCGGAGGGAAGUACAGUCACCACUCCAAUUGCAGCUGUGGUCAAUCAUCACUCUGAGCUGGGGCUGGCCAUCAAUCAAGUGUUUAGCCUGGCCCACAAUGCGCCGGCUGAGAUCAUCGGCGAUGCACCCCUGGCCAAUGCCAACUUUGUGCUCACCCAGCAGCCAGCGGGCGAGUCACCCACCCAGAUUAGAAUAUCAAUUGAGCCGUUGACGGAGCAGCGUGCCACAGGCCUUGCUGUGGAUCGAUUUCGUUGCAUGGCCGCCAAUUGCAAUUUCUGUGCGCACACGGUGCUGCGCAUACGGGAGCACAUGAGAUUCCAUAGCUAUAGCUUUGGCAGCCUGGACUAUUUGCAGUGCGCCUACUGUCCGCACAUCGCAAAUGAUGUCAAUGAUUAUGUACUGCACGGCGUCGUCGAGCACGGUCUCGCCUCGCGCUCAGAGCUGCAGGAGACGGAUGCGGUAAACGCAGCUGCGGCCGCAACGUCAACAAAUCAACGCAUUCGCGAAUUGCUCAAUCUACGCAAGAAUUCCAAUUCCUACGCUACAGCCACAGCCACAGCCAUACCGACGGCUGCAGCUACAGCUACGUCGGCGACUUCCGCUACAGCCGUUGGGGCUGUAGCUGCAUCGCCUAUGACUUACAAUGGUGCUCAAGUACAAAACGCGCCCAUUAGUACAGUGCUAGACGAUCUACUCAAGACAACUGGCUUUGAUGAUAACAAGCUGUACGCGUGCCCCUUGAAAUCGUGCAACGUUUCCUUGACUGAGAGUACAUUUGUCAGUCAUGUGAUCUUUCACAUGUCAAGCACUAAGAUGACCGGCCCGCUCAAUUGUAAAUAUUGUGCCCAGAGCUACGAGCGUCCGGUCAGCUUGCGUUCCCAUUUGCAGCAGGCGCACGCUCGCCACAAAUACUUUUGCAGCAUUUGCCUGGAGACGACGCCGAAUCGUACAUUGAUGGAGCAGCAUCAGUUGAUUCGGCACCGCCAAGAGUACCAUCAAAUCAAUUGCCAGCCAGAGCUCGUGGAGCUGCCCGCACAGCCGGAGGAGCAGCCACAGAGCGCCAAUCAGGAGCUGUACAGAUGUUGGGUCAGCGCUGUCAAGCUGCCCUUUGGCAAGAAGCAAAUGGAUGAAUUCAUGGGUCAGCUGACGAACGAGUGGCUGCAGCGACGUCAGGGCAACAAGACCAUCUAUCGGCCAUCGGAACUGCGUCUGCUGCCUCGUCGACUGUUUAGCAGCCAGAGCUUGAAGUGCGCCGAUUGUGAGUUCAAGACGGUUUCGUAUAAGGAGCUCUACAGUCAUCUGCUGGCGCACAAGGAGUCAGCGUUGCGUCUCGCCAUGCCAAACGAACAGAAUGGACAGUUGACAGGGGCAAGUGUUCCGCCAGAGACAGUGGUCAUGCCAUCGGGCCCGUCUAGUUCCGUCGAAAGCCGCUUCCGUAAUAUGCCGUGCACACCCAAUCGGCAAUAUGUGCCCCAGUCGAAGCGCUUCGUCUGCGGCAUGGAGGAUUGCAAAGCUCAUCUGCCGACGGAGCUGGAGUUGCGCCAGCAUUUUGCUGCAACACACAGCUAUGGUAAGAACUUUUGUUGUGCCCACUGUCAGACCAGCCUGAAUUCGGUCGAAGCGUUUUUGGAUCACUUGCUGUACCACAAGCGGUACAUCUUUCAGUGCGGACGCUGUGACACAACCCUACCGCGGCGCAGCGGCAUCGAGCGUCACAUCCAUGUCCGUCACGGCACCAAUCUCAUCAAUGUGCUCAUACACAGGCGCACCGGCAAUCCCGACACCGAUGAGACCCGCUGGCUGCAGUCGUCCUUGUCGCUGCGCUGCAAUUACGAUGACUGGAUUUGCAAUCUCUGCUCCGCUGUGAUGGAUGACCAUUUCGCGAUGACAACGCAUAUGGAGCAGCAGCACGGACGCACGCAGCCGUAUAACUGCGGCUACUGCAGUCUGGCCGAUAAUUCGUUAUCGCCCUUAAUCAAGCACAUACGACGCGAUCAUCCCAACUGCCGUGUGCAGCCGAUUGUCAACUAUCAGCACUCGAGGGUGAGAAACAAGCACACGCUGGGCUUCUACUGCAUCCAAUGCAACACUGUUGCGAAAACCCUACAGUGCAUUCGCAAGCACUGCGCCCAGAGCCAUGGAUCGGGCAACCAGUUCAGUUGCCCGCACUGCGCAUUUGGCGAAUCCACCGAGUGGUCGGUUGUCCUGCACAUGCAACAAACGCACAAGAACGCAACGGGGCUGGCCAUACAGAUGUUCGAGCGGGUGCCCAACGAGCUGCUCGAUAGCGACUACUGGCAGAUGGCCCAUGCACUGGACACAAUAAAAUGCAAUCCGACAACAGCAGCAGCAGCAACAUAUUACCCACAAUCAGCAAAUAACAAUAAUAAUAAUAACGACGACAACAAUAUCAAUCCGAAUGAGUACGUUCUUAUCGAUGAGAUUGAAUUGCUGUCGUCCGAUGAGGAGACCGACGGGCAGACAACAUUUGAGUUUGCCUGCUCGCACUGCACCGUAACGUCGUACAGCGUGGACGAGCUGCGCACCAAGCACUGGGCCACAAUGCACAGCGAGCAACCGUUCUAUUUCAGCAUCCAGCCGCAAUUGCGCUGCGGCAUGUGCCGCAAAUUUGUGGGCAAUCCGAAAGCCCUGCUGGACAAUCAUUUGCCCAAUAUGCACUCGAUGCGUCAGCUGGUCGCCUGUGAUGUGACGAAGCCGAACGAGUGCGCCUUCUGUUCGCAUCAGUUCACCAGCUCGUUGAAUCUCAUAUACCAUAUGCUGGGCGAGGCGCAUCUCUCCAAUGACCUGAAGUCGCUCAACAACACUGAGCUGAACCAGCUACUGGCGAUGGGCAGCAAAACAGACGCUUGCCCCGUCCGGUAUUAUCAGUGCAGCAUUUGCCGGGUGAUAAUGCCCACGGAUAUGGCGAUGGCACAGCACGGCCGGGUCGAGCAUAGUGAUGCCCCCGAAUUGUUUUGCUUCCGCUUGCUCAGCGAGACGGUCAUCUAUCACUGUUCGUUCUGCAUGUUCGCCUCGACAUGCCAAAAGGAGACGUUGCGCCACAUGAUCGACCACUACAGGAAAUUCAGGCAGUGCCACUUGUGCAAGGCCAUACUGAACGAUGGCUUCGAUGAGUACAUGCAGCAUUGCCAUAAAUUCCACCGGGACUCGGUGCAUCGCUUCCAAGAGACUCAUCCCUACGAGGAGCUCAAGAAGUUCCUCAUGCAGGUGCUCUAUCAGUUCCAGAACGGUCUGAUCAUUAGCAAGAGCAGCUUGCGGCACACGCUCUACCGCAACGAAGAGUUCAUUUUCAAAUUGUACUCGGAGCUAUCGUACAAGUUCCAAAAGCUACCCACAUCGCGACCAUUCAUAGACAAUCGUAAUCCUGUGAUAUCCACCCAGCAGCAGCAGCAGCAGCAGCAGCAGGUGGGGAUGGUGAAAAUAAUGAGACGUCGCAAGACUCUAAAUCCGGAUGAUCUAGGCACCCGGCUGAAUAUCACUGCCAACUUGCAACAACAGCAGCAGCAACAGCAGCAACAGCAGCAACAACAGCAGCAGUCGCAGCAGCAACAGCAGCAGUCGCAGCAAAACAUGCGAAGCUCUUUCAUCAAUUGGCAUACAUCGUUUAUGGGCAAAGCCAAGCCCACUCCUAGCGUGAACGCGGCACAGCCGCAGCCACAGUCGCAGUCGCAGUCGCCGCUGCCUUCGCUGCAGCGCAUAGCAAAGCGUCGCAACACCUUUGUGGACAUCGGCCAGCUGAGCAGUAAGCGCAACUGUCCCGCCGAUUAGAUACCCUGAUCGCAGUCAAACCGAAGCUAUAUACGAGACUGCCUGCAGUAUUCGGCCCGAGCGCAACACGAUAAUACUAUUUUGUACACCUAGCUCGUAACUAGCUUGUAGUAAAUGUUAAAUUCCAAUGACAGCUAACUGGGCUGUCGCCGUUAAUAAAUAAAAAACAAGAAGAUUUUGAAACACUUUUUAUA